UUAAGGUUAUUUACGGAGCGGAAAAAUAAAUAUUUAAAAAAAAAAUAACCAUAGCAAAAAUAAUUAUAAAAUAAAAUAUUUUAUUUAAAGUUAUUUUUAUAAAUUUUUUAUAACAAAUUAUAAAAAAUCAAUAUUAAUUAAUAAAAAUUGAUAAUAAUUAAUAAAACUAAAUCAAGCUUAUUAUAAAAUUUAGUUUAUUCUUUAUAAUCUUACAAAAAAUAAUAAUCUAAAUUUAUUUAAAAUACACUUCGUAACUACAUACAUAUGAAUGUGUACAUUGAUACAUAUACAUACAUAUACAAUAAAAAUGAUCUUAAUUAAAAUAAAUAAUUAAUUUAAAAUAAAGAAAUUAAAAUUAUAUGUUAUUAAAAAAAAAAACAUACUAGUUAUAAAAAAUUUUAAUUUAAUUAAAAUUGUUAAAUAAGAAAAUAUAAUAUGUUUAGUAUCUAUGUACUUACCUAUACUUAACUACAUAAUAAAUAAAAGAAAAAAAGAUUAAAAAUUUUGCAUUUAAAAACAUUUUUAAUACCUACAUAAUUUUGGAUAAGAUCCAAGGAUUUUUACGAAUAUAAUUUGUAAAAUGACAUUGAGAAAAUGAUCCACUGGCUCAUUGAACCCUGAUAUUCAGAUCAUUUACGUACAUAGAGGAAAAAAAAGUAUAAUUAUAAAAAUUUUAUAUAGAACAUUAUAUUGAAUCUAAAUUUAUGUACAAUUUAUACUUAGUACCUACGAGUAUUAUAACAUUUGUGCUGUUAUACACAUACAUUUAAUUUAAAUAAAAAAAAAAAAAAACAAAAAAUAAAAGAAAAAUACUAAACAUGUGCACGAUAUCGUUUUGUAGUUGUUUUUGCUUCUCCUUUUUUUUGAUUAGUGAAAAACAAGAUAUAAAAUUUUAAAGAUAUUUAAAAUAUAAUAUAAAAGCAUUUUUUAUAUAAAAAAAUUAUAUAUAUAUAUAUAUAGAUAUAUAGCUUAAAUUAUAUAUAAACAGGGAUGGAAAAUUCAUAAAAAAAAGAAAGAAUAAGAAAAUAUUUAAUUUUUAUUAAAAAAAAUUGUUGGAAUUUAAAAUAAGAAGCAAAAGUAUAAAACAAAAAAAAAAAUCAGUGUGAAUUUAGGACGUUUAUUUUUAUUUUUUAUUUAUUAUUUUUUUUCAUAUAUAAAUUUUUUUAUAAGUAUAUUAUUUAUAAAUAUAAUAUAAUUUUUUUUUUAUCCGAAUACGUGUGAAAAUUAUGAUUUAAAUAGCGAAAAGCUGCCUAAAAAUUGCAUAAAAAGAUGUUUAUUUUCCCAUUUAUUUUUAUUAAAUUCUCAUAAAUAUUUACAAAACAAAAAAAAAAGUCCUACAUACAUAUAUAAAGUAAUUAAAUUAAUUUAUUAUUUGGGCAAUGAAAAAUGUAAUAUUAUUUUAUUACAUAUAUAUAUAAAUACAUAUUUAUAUAGGUAUUAAAUAAAAUACGAAUGAAAAUAAAAAAAAAAUGUAUUAAUUUUUUUAUUUUAUAUUUAAACAAACAAAAAAAAAAAAAAAAUUAAUUUAUUUUAAAUAAAAUUAAGAAUAUAAAAAAUUUAAAAGUAAUAUCUGUAAUUAUUAAUAAUUUAUCAACAAAUAACAAAAACACAAAAAAAAAGAAAGAGAAAAUAUUAUUAAAAAAAAAACAAAAAAACAUAAACAAAAAUGACAACAAAAGCUUCACCACCAGCACACCAACAUUCAACAACUGGAACAUCUGGAACAGUUGGUGUUUCAACAUCACUUGUUGGUGUCGGUAAUUCUGUUAAUUUAGCCAAUGUUAAAAUUAAAAAAGAAUUACCAACAGAUGAAAUAAAUGAUUUUGCUGAAACAGCAAUGAAUGAAGUUUUAGGCUGGUAUGGUUAUGAUAAUGUUGAUCGUUUAGAUUUAUCAACAAAAGCUUCAAGACUGAUGAUAGCAUCAUUACAAAAUAGUAAUAAUAAUCGUAAUGAAUUAUUAAAUGGUAGUAAGAAUAAUAGUAUACGAGAAGAUAGUACAACACCAGAUCAUGAUAGCUCUAGAGAAGAUGAUUCAAAAAGUCCUUGUUCAACAAAAACUAAUGAAAAAAUUGAAAUCACAUGUGGAUGGUGCCAUCGUAUAGUACCAGAUAGUUCACCUGAAUUUCUACGAGCUCCAGAUGGCCCACGUUAUUGUUCAGAAGCCUGUUUUGCUCAAUCACGUCGAGCAUCAUUUAAAAGAGCAAAACAAUGUGAUUGGUGUCGUCAUAUUCGACAUGCUGUCAGCUAUGUUGAUUUUCAAGAUGGUGCAUCACAAUUGCAAUUUUGUUCCGAUAAAUGUUUAAAUCAAUAUAAAAUGCAAAUAUUUUGUAAGGAAACUCAGGCUCAUUUAGAUAUGAACCCUCAUUUAAAAGAAAAGGGUUGUGAUUCAACAAAUAGUGCUAAUUUAAUUACACCAGAUUUAUGGUUGAAAAAUUGUCGAAGUCGUUCAGCAUCUCCACAAACGGAUGGUGUAGGUAUCGGUUGUGGAUCUGGUUCUAGAUCACCAACACCAUCUAUAAAUAGUGCAAUAUCAAUAACACCAAUAACAAAUGUAAGUUGUGGAACAUCAAAUAAUUCAAAACUAGAACAGCAUAGAUUGGGAAGUGUCCCAUCGCAGCAACAACAAAAUCAUAAGCCAAUAAUAUCUGUAGCACCGGUUUCAAAAUUAAUGUCAAAGCAACAUAAUGUUCCAAGUGCUAAUUCAAUAAUAGUAACUAAUCGGCAAUCUCCAAAGCAUGCUAGCAGGAAAAAACGUAAUAUUAGACUUCAAAAUCAGAGUAAUGUUAAUAAUAACAACAAUAGCAUCACUAGUAAUAAUAAUAAUAAUAUUAGCAACAACAAUAGUAAUAACAUUAAUAAUAGUAAUAAUAAAAAUGGAAAUAGCAAUAACAAAAAUAACAAUAAUAGUCAUAGUUUAUUAAGUCCAAAUAACGGUUCAAAUCUGAACAAAUCAAAGAUAUUAUUAAAUAGCUUAAGUCAAUCAGAUCGAAUUUCGAAACCGCAAAUAGCAUCAUUUCCAAAUGUUCAAGAUUUACGUUUGAAUGUUCCCCCAAUAUCACCUAUAGAUCGGUCACAAUCAGCUCAAAGUCAUCAUUCAUCUCAGUCACAACAUCAACAACCACAGGUUCCCCAAAUACGUGCUAACUUUCCUCCCCACGGAUAUUUUGCGUCAACUGGGACAAAUAAUUUUCCGCAGCUUCCUCCUAGAUUACCAUUUCCUCCACCCGGCACACAUCUUGCUCCUCCACCACCACCGCACUUAAGGGCUGGAAUGCAUCCUUUACCUCAUCCAUCGUUACAAAAUUUAAUACAAUCAUCACCGGAGCUCACUAUAAAUCCUUUAUCAGCUCUUGUUGGUACUGUUCCUCCAGUAACGGUCAUGGUGCCGUACCCAAUAAUUAUUCCAUUACCAAUACCAAUCCCUAUUCCUCUUCCUAUUACAGAUUUUAUUAAAGCAGCUGCAUUGAAUUCUAAAGAUAUUAAACCAUCAUAUUCUCAAAGUAAAACAUCGUCUGCUAGAUCACAGAUAGAUCCUAAUGUAUCUACUAUAAUAGAUACUGAUUUAGAUGAAGAUGAAGAUAGGAAUUCAAAAAAUUUGGAUCCAUUAGAAAUUUCAAUAGAAAAAUCAUACAACGAUCAUGAUUCAAAUCGAAUUUCUGACUCGGAAACACAAUCAGAUACAGUAUUCUCAAAUAUAAAUACGAAAAAUUCAGAUGAAAGUUUAAUAAGAGAUAUGGAUGAACCAUUAGAUUUUACCAAAGCUAAAAUUGUAAAAACAACUGACUUAUCUAAAACGAGAUUACAAACUUCAAAUAAUACACAAAAUUUAGAUGAUAUUAAUGAUAACGAUAAAACUGAAACUGUUAUACAGCAAAUCAUCCCGGAUGAUGAAGAUUUAUCGACAGAAGAUAAUGCAAAACAGAAAGUUCCAAAAUUUAAAAUAACACGUUUACAUACUAGACGGAAUAAUACUAACAACGCUAAUAAUAGUAAUAGUAAUAAUAACAAUAAUAAUAACGAUAAUAACAACAAUAACAACAACAACAAUAGUAACAAUAAUAAUAACCAUGAUAGUAAUGUGUCAGGGUCAUCGGACUCAAUAAAUCAAAUUAAUAUGGCCAAUUUAUCACAAGCUAAAGAAGAAUGUAGCCGUCCAUUAAGGAAAAGAAAACGUGUCAUUGAUUGUGAUUAUAAUGUUCGAAAUCCAAAGGAUGACGAUAACAAUGUUAAUAGUUCUAGUCCUAAAUUGAAAAAAUAAAAACAACGGAAAAAUUAAAAAAAUUAAAAUUACAAAUAAAAAUAUUAUAGAUUAUUUCAAAAUUUGAAAAAGCAAUUAACUUACAUUUUUUUUUUUGAAUUUUAGUACAAGUUUUCACAAUAAAAUUUUU